AUGGGCCAUGCGGUUGGAGAAGCCACUCGCCGCUCAGUCGAGCCAGUGCGCAGAGUGACCGCCCGUGCGGGCUCUGCGCCAGUUGCUGCCUCCGGCUGGGAGCAUGUGGAGGUAAUCCUCGCUGAGGAUGCAGAAGUGGUGUCGUCCCUCGUCCUGGAGCAGGACUCAACAUUCCGUGCCAAGGUGUACAGGCGCUCUGGUGAGGAAGCGAGACUCAAGUCACCGGAACCGGAACAACCAAACUUGGGGCCCGAGAGGCAGGCAUUUGGAUGCUGGAGGCCCUGUGGCAAAGGUGUGGAGCUCGUCCUUGCAGAGGAGGUGGAUCUUGGUUUGGAGGAGCUGGUGAUCCUAUAUCGUCACAGGAGAGGCUGCCUGGUGGCUGAGGAAACUUCUCUCCCAGACGGCCUUUCGCAGGAAUAUUCCAGGUGCGCAACAGAUGGGUUGGAGGCAGUCGGGGCCACAUUGAAUUCGGUACCAGAGGCAUGUGGCAGUCCUCGCAGUGAAGUGUACGAGGAUGAUUUCGAGGACGACAGCGCCAGAGCCAGAGCACCAGCAAUGAAAGCUCGAGACGGACAGCAUCGGAGAUUCGAGUGGUGCCACGUCCCAGUCUGCCACGACAGCACGUCCCGCAUUCUGUUCGGAGCCCCGUUAGCGGAUGCUGGUCGGCCGAGACCUGCUCCACUGAAGACGGAGGAGGAGAAGUCCCUCCCAACCGUUGCAGAGGAGACAGAACUUGGAGAGCCAACCCCGACUUCCAAGGGCAGCACGGUAGGCAAAGCGAGGAACACCAAGUCACCAGCUGCUGGUUCAGCAUCGGCAUCUGCGGACUCUCCCAUGAACGGCUCUGGUGCUUUGGACGCCAGCUCGAGCCAGGUCAGUGCCUCUUGCAAUGAGAUGAGCAUUGGCAUGGACUACAGCGUGGAGCUCUCCACAGAAUUGGACGAGAAGUGCGAUUUCGUCGAGGUCGUGAGACCUGUCGCCAAGCGAGGCUUGGCAGGUUUGGGAGUUGCAGGCACCGUCGGCACCAUCGAGGAGGCUGCCGAGGAGGCGGAGGAGCCUCCAAAAAGUGGCGAGAAGUCAGAGACGUCAGGGCAGCCCAAAGAGCAAGCCCCGGCGGCUCCACUCGAAUCGGCACCGGAUGCGUUGGAUGCCCUGAUGCCCAAAGUUGAGGCAAAGAAGCUCGACGCAUUGGAUUCGUUGAUGAGUUCUAAACCUGGCCCGAGCCCGGGCCCAGCAGGUCCUGUGUUGGUCCCAUCGCCGAAGGCGAAGGAGGCCAAAUCCGAGAAGGAGGACGACGAAUACGCAGAUGCUUCGUUUGAUGGGAGCAUGUCUGUGCCGGAAUCCAUUAACGAAGAGGCCAGUGGCAGCGAUGCCUGGGGCAGUGAGGAGGAUGUGUGA